GCUGUAAGUUGAGGAAGGUAAACGUCAUCUGACCGGCGGUGUUGUUGUAAUUUUAAGGGCUAUUCAAAGGUCUAACCGAACACAAUCUUGAGUCUUAAAACCCUGUUUUCUAUUGCCUCGAUGACUUGCUGCUACUAAAAGUUAAAUCACAACCAAAGUUAGAGAAAAAUGUCUUGGGUUCAACAAUCAAAAUUAAGAUGGUAUGAAACACUUGCAGUGAAUGUACUAAAAUGUGGAGCCAUACCUAAACACAUUGCCUUUAUCAUGGAUGGUAAUCGAAGAUUUGCUAAUAAGUGUGGAGUAAAGAAAAUAGAAGGGCAUUCAAAAGGAUUUGAUAAAUUGACUGAAGUAUUGCAGUGGUGUUUGUUAUUAGGAAUAAAAGAAGUCACUGUGUAUGCCUUUAGUAUUGAAAAUUUCCGACGUUCUCAGGAAGAGGUGGAUCAGCUCAUGUCUCUUGCAAGGGAAAAGUUCAAACGAUUAUUGGAAGAAAAGGAUAAACUGAAUGAGCAUGGAAUUGGCAUUAGAGUAAUUGGUAACAUGGCUUUACUUCCCACUGAUUUACAAAAGCUAGUUGUUGAGUCAAUGGAAUCCACCAAAUUGAACACGAAAGCUAUUUUGAAUAUAGCAUUUUCAUACACAUCAAGAGAAGAAAUGACACAUGCUAUAAGUGAAGUUGCAUGGGGUGUGCAAGAGGAUCUUUUGAAAAUCGAAGACAUUGAUGAAGACCUUAUUCAAAAAUGUCUUUAUACUCGUCAUUCCCUCCAACCUGAUCUCUUAAUACGAAGUUCAGGAGAAGUGAGAUUAAGUGAUUUUCUUCUCUGGCAAACUACUUGCUGCACCCUGUACUUUACACCCGUCUUAUGGCCCGAAUUUACAAUUUGGGAUCUUUCUAAAGCUAUUCUUCACUACCAAAAAAAUUUGCCAACCCUUAUGGAGGCUCAGAAGAAUUCUUGCAUUACAAGACCGCUGCCAAACACAAAGGAUACCGAAAGAAUCGAACAUUUCCUAACAGAAAUGGAAUUGAAAGAAUCACAAUUUAGAAAUCAUAUUUUGACACAAGCGACGUAAACCUUUAUGACCCAUUUAUUGUAACCCAUCUAUGUUAAAAUUUAUAGAAUAUAGAGCAAGUGGUGUUAAACAAAAAAAAGUAAUACAUCUGAGACUAAAUUUGCGAAAAA